AUGGCACAGGAAGCCUGCUGCGUGAGAUUUGCCCCCUGUGCGACGGCUCUGGGCCGGUUCUGGUGCGAGCUUUGCCAGAAGGACUUGCAGAGCGAAGGCUGCCUCAACGAGCACCUGAAAGGCCGCAAGCACUUGAGUCGACUCAAGGGCCCUAGCCCACGAAGACAGAACGAGCCCAUCUCCAAGGAGCACUUCUUUCAGACUUUGGCAGAGGGCGGCUACCAGAACGUGAUCGUUUGCACCGGCGCAGGGGUCAGCACGGCAGCAGGCGUUCCGGACUUCCGAUCCGCAGGAGGCCUCUUCGAGCAGAUCCGUGAGACGUUCGGCGGCCGGUUCCCGGCUGCAGUGGACAGCCCAGAGUACGUGCUCUCCAGGGAGUUUGUGCAAAAGCAUCCGGAGGUUUGGGAGUCUGAGGUGUGUCCCUGGCUGCGAAGCUGGAAGCGGGAUGCUUUGCCCACCGAGUCCCAUAGGCUGUGCGCCUGGCUGCAUCGGCAGGGAUGGCUCAGGAGGGUCUACACGCAGAACGUGGAUGGACUCCACACGCAUCCCUCGCUAGAGCUUCCGCGGGAGCUCGUGGUAGAAUGCCACGGCUCGAUACGUGGCGCUGUGGUCCUUUACGGCGAUCCUAUGCCCCACCGCUUCUAUGAUGCUGCCACAGACUUUGCUGACGUGGAUCUGGUCCUGGUCAUGGGCACCAGCCUGCAGGUGGCCCCCUUCUGUGCACUGCCCAACCUGGCCGAAAAGGCUGCCACCCGAGUGCUGGUGAACCAGAACUUGGAGGAUUGUCGAUUCAACGCCUGGAGCAACCGGAGGGAGCCGAUGGCCCUGGAUUUAGGAGGAGGAAUGGCACGGAUAUGUACCACGCGCAUCGGCAGCCGCGUGGUGAAGCUGCAGCCGCUCUGGUGGGACAGGAGAGGUGGAUCGCGAUGGCACCAGCUACUGGUGGAAGGCUGCUGUGACGAGUUUGUGGACGACUUCUUCCAAUUCAUGCAAAAAAGCGAGGUUGGUAAGUGA